UCCCCGCCCGGAGCCCAUGGCUUCUCCGCCGGCGCCGCCUCGCUCGCUCGCCUCCCCGCUGCUGCUGCUGCUGCUGCUGCUGCUGUUGGCGCUGGGAGCAGAUUUCGGCUUCUCCACUGAACUGGCAUUCACCGUAGAGCCCAGUGACCAAAUUGCGGUGCAGGAGCAACCCCUGGUCUUGGAUUGCCAAGUGGAAGGGAUUCAACCCAUUAGCAUCACGUGGCGGAAGAACGGGAUGCUGGUGGCCGAGGGCGAAGAGCCCUUGACGCUGGCCAACGGCUCCCUCUACUUCUCCCACUUCUGGAAGCAGAAGGAGGACGGCACUUCCGACGAAGGGGAAUAUGGCUGUGUGGCACGGAACCACUUCGGUUUGUUGGUGAGCCGGAAAGCUCGGAUUCAGGCAGCCACUAUGUCUGACUUCCACGUACACCCCCAGAGUGCCGUGGUGGAAGAAGGAGGUGUUGCCCGCUUCCAGUGCCAGAUCCACGGCUUGCCAGAGCCCAUGAUCAUGUGGCAGAAGAAUCAUCUCCCUAUCAGCACAGAUAACAACAGGUACACGCUGCUUCCCAAGGGAGUUUUGCAAAUAACUGGACUCCGAGCCGAAGAUGCUGGGAUCUUCCACUGUGUCGCCAGCAACAUUGCGAAUGUGAAAUUUAGCAGAGGAGCCAGGCUGACCGUCUCAGGCUCUCCUUCUGCUGUUUACAAAGACCCUAUGAUCCUUGUGGGACCUGAGAACCUGACCCUGACGGUGCACCAGACUGCCAUCUUGGAAUGUAUUGCAACUGGGAAUCCCAGGCCUAUUGUCUCCUGGAGUCGACUUGACGGGCGCCCAAUUGGUGUGGAAGGAAUUCAGGUCCUUGGAACCGGAAAUCUCAUGAUUUCAGACCUCACCGUGCAGCAUUCUGGGAUAUACGUGUGUGCGGCCAAUAAGCCUGGCACAAGGGUGAGAAGGACAGCCCAAGGAAGACUCGUGGUGCAAGCUCCUGCAGAAUUUGUCCAGCAUCCUCAGUCAAUUGCCAGACCUGUGGGCACCACUGCCAUCUUUACCUGCUUGGCCCAAGGAGAACCUUCCCCGCAGAUCACAUGGUUGAAGAACGGGCAGAUUUUGGAGCCAAGUGAGCACAUUAAACUGAAGAACCACAAUAGCACGCUCACCAUCUCCAACAUUGGUCAGGCGGAUGAGGCCAUCUACCAGUGUAUCGCCGAAAACAGUGCGGGCUCCACCCAAGCCAGUGCCCGCUUGACCGUGCUGUGGGCCGACCGACUUCCUAGUCCUCCUCAAGAAGUGAAAGCAGCUUCCGUCUCGGCGACCACCGUCCAACUGCUGUGGAGCGAGCCAUUGCAAAACACCAAGGAGAUCAUCGGCUACGUCCUGCACAUUAGAAAAGCAGCAGACCCAGUGGAAAUGGAAUAUCAAGAGGCUGUCAGUAAAAACACUUUCCAGCAGCUUGUGACCGAGCUAGAGCCUUCCACCAGUUACAGCUUUUAUAUAAAAGCCUACACCUCUCGCGGUGCCAGCAAGGCCUCUGAUGUCGUGGUGGUCAGCACCCUGGGAGAAGUACCAGCAGUGCCAUCUCUCUUCAUUAAAGUUCUCAACAGCACCACCGUUCAAGCCAUGUGGGAACCUUCCAUCAAACUGGGCCAGCACGAAGGGUUCAAACUCUACUAUCGCAAAGUCCACCUUCCUCACUUCACAGGACCCAUGCUUUUGUCCAGCAACGUCACCUCUUGCAACAUUACUCAUCUUGAUCCAGCAGUGGUGUAUGAAGUCAAACUGCUUGCUUUCAACCAACACGGCGAUGGGAACGCUACCGUCCGUUUUGUGUCCCUUCGAGAAACUGUGGAAAAAACAGACCUCAACCCACCGUGCAACUGCAUGAAGGAUGAGUCGGCCAACAAAACAUCAGCUACUGGGAUCAUCAUUGGAAUCCACAUUGGGGUCACCUGCAUCAUCUUCUGUGUCCUUUUCCUCAUGUUUGGCUACAGAGGACGAUUGCUGAUGUGUAAAAACGCGCAGGAGCAGCUGUCAACCCCGCAGAUUUCGAGAGGGACGAGAAAUGUCACUGGCCAGGCUGUAAACGGGUCUACUAAGAGGGACGAUCCAGAUGUCAAUGGGAAACAGCUGGAUAUGAAUGAACUGGAAAGAUUGUUCCCAGCUUUGCAUUCCCCACCCAGUCUGCACACAAAGGGAAUAGCGCUGGAUCACAUUCCAAAUACUUCACCUAUUGAAAUCCAGGUAUCCACACUUCCACCAGAGGAAUUUAGCAUCCUUGAGGAAGAGGACAACACCUUGUUUCCAAAUGUACCUUCUGGCCCAAACGGCCAGCCUCUGCUCAACAUCAACCAAGAAGAACCAGCUUUGAAGCAAGCUCCGACCAAUGAAGGAUAAGUUGCCAAGAUAGCUCAGACUUCCUAUAGGACAUACCAGCCACUAAUUUUUUGGGCUUGGUGAUGUCUCUAAGAUGACACUAAAUCUCAGGUCAAUGUAAAAGUUCUGAUUUCCGCAUCAUCUGUACGCAGCUUUGUGGAAUCUCUUAUGAAGUUGAUCUUUCUGACCUGCUUCAGGCUUGUAGCCCAUAUCUACCCAUCUGGAUCUCCGUUUUCGUUCUACAGCUGCCAAGCUAGUGACUUCUCUCAAGAGGAACUGGAGCACCCCUCCGUAACCUUUGACACCACGUGAGAUCAGUACCAUCUUGGGGUUCACCAAUGUGUCCCUUCGCUUGCAGCUUUAGAAUGAUCAUUUCUGGAUCCAUCUUGGCAAUCUUGUUGAAUUAAUCCACGAUGAAGGACCUCCCGAUUUGUAUCCCCAACAUGGAGGGUUCAACAGAGCCACAAUUUUUUUUCUUUUUUAUUUUGGUCGUGUCCAUUCAUAAUUCUCAGGAUAAUUUUUUUGUGGAUGAACUGCUUCAAAGACAAAGUGAACGUGACAAAAAAAAAAAAAACAGAAAAAAAACCAGGCCUGGAGAAGGGCUCUUGAAAGAAAGAAAAGACUUGGAUGAACCCCUGAAGUAAAUUCAGAACUACCUCAACCGGAAUUGAAUGUCUUUUGGGAAGAGGCAAACGUAUCUUGUGUCUUCCUUUUGUCUUCAACGCAAGUAGUGUAGCACUUGGUCAGUACGUGUUUUGGUACUACCUCAGAAGUCACACUCCGUGUCCACCAUGUUAGUCAUUGGCUAAUGUUUCCUCUCCCUCCCCCUCUUUAAAAUAACCUUUUAUUAUCAUCCUUGUUCCAAUGUAAAGCACUUCCAAAACCUUGAAAGCAAUGUUCUACCUCAAGACAUUUUUUUUAAUAGAAGCGCUGGGUGUCCUUCCAGCCAAACGCCUCAUCUCUCUCUCUCUCUCUCUCUCCCUCUUCCUGCUCACUUCCAGCAUCCCAAGAGAUAGAAGAGCGUUGUGAUCACUGAGGAGAGUCCCCCUUAGUGUGAUAAGCUUUACUUUUAGGCAAGUUGCUAGUUAACUUGUGCAGAGUUUUACUGUGUCAAGAAUUGUUUUAUACCAUGACUUUUUUUUUCUAAACAAAGGAAACUCUCAUGAUUGUUAGGAUUGUAGCAAAAGGCAGGCUGCCAAUCACCUAAAAAUAACUUCCACUAUAAACGGGUUACUACUGAAGAAUUGUUCAAUAUUCAAGGUACAUUGUUCAAAGCUGGUUUGCCACAUGCACAUUCAUGGAAUGCUCGCUACAUUAAGGACUCUUUGUUUUAUAUAAUGGAGGAGCUGAACCAAAAUAACUUUCAUUUUUGCUUUAGAGCUGAGUUAGGAUCGUCUUAAACCAGGGGUCUACAAACAUGGCCCUUUUAUGA